AAUUCGCAAGCCAAAGUAAUCAGUUUAUCUAGGAUUUGCCCUCCCAGAGCCCCACAAGGUGUGGCGUGGGCGUGAAUGCGAGGAGCUCUGUUGUCGCAAUUUGGGCAGCUAUGGCGUCGUCAGCUCAAUUGGGGUUUCGCCGCACGCUGGUCCUGCAUCAAGGUUUGGGCGCAGUGGAGAAGAGCGGCCUGGCCUCGUGCGCUGGAGUUAGUUUCGGCAAGCGAUUUGCGCCAGUGACGCUCAAUUGCCGGAGAAUUGGAGGCCGGUUUGCGGGAGCGGGUGUGGUGAAGUCUGUCGUUUCGGUGGAGAAUUACAUCACCGAGGCAUCGUCUCUCGGUGAGAUCACGAAAGGAGAUUUCCCUAUACUCGACCAGGAAGUGAACGGUUACAAGUUGGUUUACCUUGAUAAUGCCGCCACAUCUCAAAAACCUGCGUCUGUUCUUAAGGCUCUGCGGGAUUACUACGAGGGCUACAACGCAAAUGUGCAUCGUGGAAUCCACGCUUUGAGUGCGAAGGCUACGGAUGAAUACGAAUUGGCAAGGAAAAAGGUAGCGGACUUCAUCAACGCGCCCAGCGAUCGUGAGAUCGUCUUCACUCGCAAUGCCAGUGAGGCCAUCAACCUUGUCGCAUACACGUGGGGCCUCACCAACCUCAAGGAAGGUGAUGAGGUUGUUUUGAGCGUGGCUGAGCACCACAGCAACAUCGUACCUUGGCAGCUCGUAGCGCAGAAAACCGGGGCGAAGUUGAGAUUUGUGGAAUUAACACCUGAAGAAACUCUAGAUCUGGAGCAGCUCAAAGGCUUUUUAAAUGAACGUACCAAGCUGGUUACAACAUUUCAUGUCUCUAAUGUGUUAGGUUGUGUGAAUCCCAUUGCGGACAUUGUGCAAUGGUCACAUGCUGUGGGUGCGAAGGUUCUGGUAGACGCAUGCCAAAGCGUGCCGCACAUGCCUGUGGAUGUGCAGGGCUUGGGUGGCGACUUUUUAGUUGCAUCAUCUCACAAGAUGUGCGGACCCACGGGCAUGGGAUUUCUAUGGGGGACAACAGAAAUUCUUGAGUCAAUGCCACCAUUCCUAGGAGGAGGAGAGAUGAUCGUUGAUGUUUUUCUAGAUCGAUCUACUUACGCUAGCCCACCUUCACGUUUUGAAGCUGGCACACCUGCAAUUGGAGAAGCUAUUGGGUUAGGGGCAGCAUUGGACUACUUGAACAAGAUUGGAAUGGAUCGUGUACACAAAUACGAGAUGGAACUGUCAAAAUAUUUGUACGACAGUCUAUCAAAAGUCCCAGGCGUAAGGAUCUAUGGUCCUCCAGUAGGCCCUAAUGGUGAAAACCGUGCAUCUUUGUGUGCAUUUAAUGUGGAGGGUAUUCACGCUACGGAUCUAUCAACGUUCCUAGAUCAACAGCACGGGAUUGCUGUGCGAUCUGGUCACCACUGCACGCAACCUCUGCAUCGGCAUCUGGGCAUCAAUGCCAGUGCUCGAGCAAGCUUGUAUUUCUACAACACCACCGAUGAGGUUGACACAUUUAUCAAGGGCUUACAGGACACGAUUGAUUUUUUCACUGCAUUUAACGGAUGAGAUCAGGGUAGUUAGCAACAGAAUUUUGCAGAAACUUAUUCAGAACGAGGAUAUUUUUACGGACUUGACAUGUAAGUUGAUGUAACAUACAUGAAAUACACGACAGUAGAGUUUUUUUUUGUUUUAUUUUUAUGAUUAUUAUUAUUAUUAUUAUUACUUUUUAUAGUUUCUUUGUUUCAGGUUGCAGGUCACUGUUAUUUCCCUUAGCUUAGAGCAUCCUAGUUUUUUGUAUGCAGUUUGAAGCAUAUAAAUUGGAUUUGUUUAAACUUGGCAUUUCCUUAAUCAUACGUUUUUUUAAUGUUA